AUGGAUAGAUUGCUUGACGUACAGACCGACAAGAUGAUCGGUACGGUCUCGGUAGUCCUAGUCAUCAGCAUAAUUUUCAACAAACUUUUCGAAAGGUUCUCAUCUGAAGGGAAGUUCUGGAAUGAUCAGCCAUGGACUGGUUUACGGCCAGAAUGGCUUGCUGGAGCGAGGGCUUAUUUUCGGUCCUUCGUCAGUGUUCGUGACAUGUUGGAUGACGGAUAUCAUAAAAAGCAAGCCUUCGCUCUGCCCAUGUUCGGAGGCAAGCCGUGGCUGGUGCUUCCACCCGGUGCUGCAAAGGAGUUCAUCUCAAAAUCUGACGCAGAUCUGGAUGCGGAUUUGAUUCAUAUUCAACAACUGCAGGUGAAAUAUACCCUUGGACCAAAGGGCAUUCAUAUUAUGAAACGCCCGCUUCAAUUUGAUGUGCUACGGCGCCAGGUGACACGAAAACUGCCUCUAUUAACCAAUUCUGUGUACGAUGAGCUUGACCCAGGCUUCAAGCAGUAUUGGGGAACAAAUACAAAGGACUGGACCGAGGUGGAAGCAUUUCCAACUUGCCUCAGGCUUGUCACUCGUGCCGCGAACAGAGUGUUUGCAGGAUCGGAGAUCUGCCGUGAUGAGCGAUUUCUGGAGCAUUCAAAACUGUAUACGCAGGGGUUGGUAUUUGUCGCAAUGGCACUGCGUCUUGUACCCAACUUUCUCAAACCGGUUAUUGCUCCACUUCUCACACUGCGCAGCAACAUGCAUUUUCGCAUCUGUCUCGAGAUCUGUGGCCCAGUGAUCGGCGAUCGCAUUCGAAAUACCAAGGAAAAGCUCGAGAACCCAUCUUAUGGCUGGGAGCCACCGAUCGAUGCCCUGCAAUGGCUCGUGGAAGAGUGUAUCAGGACAAAAGAUCACACGGAACUGGAACCGGCACUCAUCACGCGCAGUUUGCUCCUGUUGAAUGCGGUGGCGAUUCACACAACAUCGAUCAGUAUUACCCAUGCGAUCUUGAACAUCAACACUUUCGAGCACUCGGCGGAAACCAUUGCUGGUCUGCGAGAGGAAUGUGACCGAAUCCUGAAAGAGAGCGGUGGGAUAUGGACGAAGUCGGCAUUAAACGAUUCUUUGCGUCUGGAUUCAACAAUUCGAGAAUCAAUGCGGUACGAUGACCUAGAGCAUUUGUCAGUCGGCCGUAUGGUGGUAAACCCAGGCGGCGUCAGCACCCAGGUAGACGAUGACAGAUCGUCACCCCUUGAAUUCCAACCCUCCGAUCCACGGGAGGAGUUCCUCAAGCAACAGCAGCAAAAAGAAGCGCGGCCAUCGAACAGCGAAGACUUAGCUCGGCAUCAAACGGCGCUGGACUUGAAGACGACCUCUCUCGUCACCACCAGCGACGCCUUUCUAGCAUUUGGGCACGGACGGCACGCCUGUCCCGGUCGCCUUUUCGCAGCGCAGGAGAUGAAGCUGAUGCUGGCAGAAUUACGAUAUAGAGAAAAUGGCGGAGAAGCCUGUUGGCUCAAUGUUGAUGUGCACCAAUGUUCCGAGUGA